AUGACGUUCAAGAAGAAGGUUGUCAAGGAAAUCCCCGGAUUUGAAUAUAUUCAUUCGGACAUUGUUUUAAUACCAGGUUUUCGAGGUUCAAAGUUAGUAAAUGACAAAACCAAAAAAACGGGAUGGAUAUCGUUAUGUACACCAUUUUUGCCUCAAAGUAAAGAAUCAAUAGAUUUACCGUUAAAUAUAACUAAACAUGAACAGGAUAGCAUUAAUGGUACAAUUAUUCAUCAACCAUUUAAGUUACAUAAAUUUUCAUACGAUUGGAGACGUACGAACGAAUCUUCUACUGAGAUCUUUAUUAAGUUCCUUCAAGAUAUUUACAACAAUAAUGGAAAUAAAAAAAUUUAUAUUAUCGCUCACUCAAAUGGUGGUUUAAUAAGUCUUUCAGCAUUACAUCAACAUCCUCAUUUAAUCGGUGGUAUAAUAUUUGCGGGUACUCCUUUUGGUGGAGCUCCUGGUAUAUUUGGUAAUUUAAGGCAUGGAAUUUCAUUAUUAUUUAACAAAAAAAUUCAGGAUGAUGCUGCGCAUUUUGCUUUACGUACCGUAUUUUCAUUGAUGCCACCUAAAUUAGACGCAUUUAAAGAUCAAGAUGAUUCAACAAAAUAUGCCAAUAUUGAUUAUUUUGAUGUCGAAGAAUGGAAAAAUAGCGAUUGGUCAUUAGCCAUUAAUGAGGAUAAUCCAAGGUAUAAUGAAUUGGGUACCAGGCAAGAACGUAUCGAUUAUCUUCAAAGAACUUUAGAAGCCGCGAAAAGAUUUCAUAAGACUUUAGAAAAACCUUCUGAAAAUUUUGAAUAUCCUCCAUUAUGUACUUUAGUUAGUAAUAUUCAUCUUACUAAUGGUGGUUAUCCGAUGGGUAAAUUAGAUGAUGGUAGACAUUCUAUUCUUUAUGAUAAAGCUAUCGCUGCUGAUGGUGAUAGUGCUGUUCCUAUUGAAAGAACCAAAUUACCUGAGGGGAUACCUUUUGAAGUUGUUCACACCAAUAAUUCUCAUGGUUCCUUAUUAGAAGAUUUAGAGGCCGUUGGAAAAGCUUUACAAACAAUUUUUAAUAAACAUUGA